GGGGGCGGGGCCACGAUCACGCUGUCACCCGGAAGAGGCCAAGGCGGCAUGGCGGACAAGGAGGCUCUGCCGAAGCUUCGGGAAGACUUCAAAAUGCAGAAUAAAUCCGUCUUUAUUUUGGGCGCCAGCGGGGAAACCGGCAGAGUGCUUUUAAAAGAAAUCCUGAGACAGAACCUGUUUUCCAAAGUAACUCUGAUUGGCCGGAGGGAGCUCACCUUCGAGGAAGAAGCUUAUAAAAAUGUGAAUCAAGCAGUGGUGGAUUUUGAAAAGCUGGACGAGUACGCUUCUGCCUUUCAAGGCCACGAUGUUGGAUUCUGUUGCCUGGGCACCACCAGAGCAAAAGCCGGAGCGGAAGGAUUCGUCCGUGUUGACCGAGAUUAUGUGCUGAAGUCUGCAGAGCUGGCGAAAGCGGGAGGGUGCAAACAUUUCAACUUGCUGUCCUCGAAGGGCGCCGAUAAGUCCAGCAGUUUCUUAUACUUACAAGUAAAGGGAGAAGUGGAAGCCAAGGUUGAAGAAUUGAAGUUUGACCGCUUGUCAGUGUUUCGGCCGGGAGUCCUACUGUGUGACAGGCAAGAGUCUCGUCCAGGAGAAUGGCUGGCUAGGAAAUUCUUCAGCUCCCUGCCACACUCUUGGGCCAGUGGGCACUCUGUGCCUGUGGUGACAGUGGUUAGAGCGAUGCUGAACAACCUGGUGAGUCCCGGCAGUGGACGGAUGGAACUUCUGGAAAACAAGGCCAUCCUUCACCUGGGGGAAGACAGUGGUGUGCCCAAGCUGUGACUGUGA